ACUCAAAUAGGUUCAAAGGUAGUCAUUUCAUAAAUAAUUAAAUAAAUAGUAGGGGUAUAAAUUAUAAUAUUAUUACUUUUUAAUCGACCAGAUUUUUGUCUUUUUUUGUUUAUACAUUCAUUUAUUCGCUUUGAAAAAAUAUCCAUAACUAUUUAUCAGUAUCCAACACGUCUUAUCAUAUAACUGAUAAGUGGAAUGAAUAAUAUAAAGUAAACAUAUUCUGUUUUCUACUUAAAACAGUUGAAGUAUCUAUAGGGUGAUUAAAUAAUACAGGUAAUAUUUUAACUAAAAUAAUAUAAUAAAAAAUAAUUAAUUCACUUUGUAUAUAAUAAUAAAAUAAUAUUAACAACAUUUACUAACAGUAUGAGAAUUGUGAGUAAUUAUUAUUUCACAAUAUAUAAAAUUAGUUUUGAAAAUAUAUAAACAAGUAUUUGGAAAAGGGUACUAACAUUCAAAUUAAAAAAAAAUCUCUAGCAAAAAGUAAUUUUUAAAUAUAAAAGUUCAUUGUUUAUUUAUGUGUUUAUCAUAAAUAUCUUUAGAAAAUGUGACAUUUUUAGUCAAAAAAUGUUGACAGUACACAAAAAAAUUAUUUGGUUUUGUCUACAUACCAUUUAUGUAAAUACAGUUGUUCCUUAUGAUACCAUAUUCACCCUGUAAGAAAAAUCUGAACUUUUUUCUAAUUUAGACUGAUAAAAUCUCCAAGAUAAAACAUGUAAAUAGAUUUGUUGGUACUAUAUGUUGAUAAUAGAAAAGUGUAAUAUUAACAAAAUGCGACUUCCUGCAUAUUUUUAUGAAAAAAUCAAAAAGAUGAUAGCGGAUAUCAAGGAUGAGGGAAUAAUUACGAGUAAUUCCAUUCCGGAAUUGAACAGAACAGGUUUCGAUACUUUCAUCGUGAUAUUACCUUCAUUUUUCUACGUUUUCUUUAUGGUUUUCUUAGAAACGUAUCUACAGACUGAAAAAUUUAAUCUAUUUAUAUUAGAAUCGACUUUUCUUAUAUUUCCGUUAAUAUUAGGUAUGACUUUGCUGUCAGAUCAUCCAAAUUUUGUAUUAUUUACACUAAUUUCAUCGAGCGUUUUAUUCCUCUUUUAUAUUUGGAAAAAAAAUAAUUCGCCGAUUAAAAAAAUUUCGUUCGAUACUAAUUUUAUAACGAACACUAGAUCGACCAUAAACAUUUUAUCUGUGAUUGCUAUUUUGGCCGUGGAUUUUCCAAUAUUCCCAUCGAGAUUCGCCAAAAUGGAUACUUUAGGUUACAGUUUAAUGGAUACCGGGGUAGGUUUAUACGUUUUCUCGAACGGUAUAGUGUCGCCGGAAUCUCGCGGAUUGAAUAACCCCGUAACGAAAUCCGUUCGAGGUUCGUUGCCGUUGUUUCUAAUAGGUAGCGCUCGAUUCGUUUUAACGGAAUUGUUUCACUACCACGUCCCAGUUUCCGAAUACGGACGCCACUGGAAUUUUUUUAUAACUUUAGGCGUGACGAAGCUCGUUACGUCGCUUUUGUUGAAUAUGUUCAGUAUCGAAAAUCUUUAUAUUAACGGUACGUUGUUGCUGUUGCUCGAUCAGAUAUUAUUAUCGGGGGGAUUGGAAAAGUUCGUUUUCGACGAUUUCGAAAGGGAUAAUUUUUUUAAAGCUAAUAAAGAGGGUAUAGUUUCUUCUUUCGGGUUUAUAAUACUGUAUUUGUAUUCGGUUUAUUUCGGUUUUAUAUUAGAUAUGAAAAAUAAGAAUCAAAAUUUUUUUAAAUUGUUGAAAAAAUUCCUAAUCGCCAGUUUGAUCUGUUUGGUUUUUUCUGUUUGUUUUCAACAAAUUUUCGGUAUAUCUCGACGGAUCGCGAACGCCGCCUACGUCUUGUGGAUCUUAUUUUUGGGUAUUUUCAUGACCGGGUUGUUUUAUUGCUUACAGGGUAUUCAAAAAGUAAUGUUCGUUCAUAAAAACACCAUUUUCGUUCCUUACAUUUACGAAGCUGUCAAUAAUAACGGUCUAGUAUUUUUUCUAGUCGCCAAUGUUUUAACGGGCGUUAUAAAUAUGACGAUUAGAACUUCGGACGUCGAACAAUAUACCGCGUUAACCAUUGUUGUCGCGUAUAUGGCUGUGAAUUGUUCGAUUGUAGCUUUAAUGCAAUCUAGAGGAUUAAGACUUAAAUUUUAACAAUUAAAUCGUUGACAUACAAAAUUCAACAUUUAUAAACCACCAUGGCUCUUCCAGAGUUGCCAGAAUUGAAAGAUUUUCUUCGGUAUAAGGAUUUUUUAUAAAAUACACAGUAUUGAACUUUUUUCUUCUAAAUUUGAAUAUUAAUACAAUAAUUUCACCUAAAUUAAAUUCAUUCAACGGCAUUUUGAUAACUAAAAUCCAAAAAACAUCUGAUGUCAAUGAAUUUUUUCGAAAUUUGUAAAAAUGAAAACUUCUACAAGCUCCUAUUCAACGUAUAAUUGUUAAUAACUUUUUUUUGCCAAAAAAUUAAGAUAGAUAUACACAACAAAAUAGAUUUUUCAUGCCUAAAAUAAUAAAACACUAAAAUUUGACAUUUUUUCACACAUUAUUGAGAAAUCAUUAAAGUAAUAUAAUUUGUUUCAAGUAAUAAAUGAAUAAAUAAACGUUUUUAUACGAUUUUUUUCUAUAAAUCAACAAAAAUAUGUAUAUAAACUACGUUAAUGCUUUGCAAACAAGUUAUAAACAAUUUUAUUAAAAAUAAUGGGUUUAUCAUAACAAUUAUUAUAUCAAAAUUUUUAAUUUCCCCUAAUUUUUUCAUGCUUCCUCCGUAGAAAUGAAAGUUUUUUGAAAAAAAUUCAUUGAAAUCUGACAAUUUUUCGAUUAACUAUAAUCAAAAAUGUAAAUACUCUAAAAAAAUUUAAACCUAUGAAUAUAAAAGGCCAUUUUAAAUGUAGGUAAAAUAACAGUAUAAAUUGAAAUAAAAAAGAAGAAAGAAAAGCUUGUAAAAAUAACAGUUGCCAAUCACAGAUCAAAUAUAAUGACAAUGCAUUAUUUCGGAAUGACAUCAUUGACAGUUCGGCCAUCUUUGUAGGAUGACUCACUGGAAUACGCGUUGUAUUUGUAAACAUUGGCGAGUUUUUCAUUUUUAAAUCCUAAUCGUUCUCAAAUUUAACAAAGAGAACAUUGUUAGAAGAACUGGGGCCUUUAACAGGCACGGCAUAGGGGUCAAAAUUGCCUGUAAUUGUAAAAUGUCAGAUAAUAUGUAUGUAAUAAGUAACAUUACAAGGGAAGAAGUAGGAAAUUAACGCAGUACUACCAGACUCUCUAAAGGUACUAGACAUCGCUUUUUAUUAGAUAACAUCUAUGAAAGUUAUGAUAUAUUGCUGUAUGAAAAAAUUUUUUCUAUAUAAAACCAAAGAAUGGAACGCUGGACGUUAUGGUGAAACGAUACGAUGGGUUUUCUUUUUGUUUAUUUAUUUAAUAACAAAGUGAUCUUAUAUUAUUUAUAAGACAUCCUUUAUAUUCACUUCGAUCUAUUUCCUCGAAAUAAUAGCAAAUAACGAUAAAAGAUAUGAGUUGUCUAAUGUUGAAAUCUUGGACACAAAAUUUUAUACUGAAAACUUGUUGAAAAUAAAAAAUUCUAUUUUAUAUUUUAACCCAAUAAUAAUUAAUUGUUAGUAUUUUUAUGGUAUAAGUAUAAUUAAUAAACAUAUGUUGUUAUAAUAUUUAUUUUUUUGUAUUUUUGUUAACAAAUAUAAAAUAAUUGUAAAAAAAUAUGUAAAAAACAAUGUUUCUAAAAAAGGAUUGAAUAAAUUAUGUUUUUGUUAAA